UUCUAUUGGCGGCUUCACAGGAAGAACAACUUCAGAGUUUCUGAACUCUUUAACCUUUGUGCAUGCAUUUACGGGACUUUUCCUGAAAAUACCUGUUUACCUCCGUAAAGGUGCUUAGCUUAGCAGGGGCUCCAGGAAGGGGAUGACAGAGAUGAACACAUUCAAACUCACUGAUGAUGAGAUGGCUGAAGUUAAAAAAGAUGCUAUUGAAUCUUUACGGCCUUACCUCUGUGAAAAGAUUAUUGCAGAAAGACAUUUUGAUUACUUGCGUUCAAAAAAAAUAUUAAACAGAGAUGAUACUGAAGAAAUCAUGUGCCAAACAACAAGUCGCCGAAGAGCAGGAGAUUUGUUAGAUCGAUUAGCCAAAAACCCCAAGGGUCUCGAUGCUUUAAUUGAAUCAAUACGACUACAAGAAACACAGGAUUUCCUGAUAGCAAAAAUACUCGAUAAAGUACUUAGAGUCAAAAACAAAAAACUGGACUCAUGUAGAGGUUGCAGUUUAAGCACUUAUGAGUCAACACUAAAUGGAUCAUCACAGGAUUUUUCAAGACAAUAUACAUUUGAAGAUAAACUUUUGGUACCUGAAACUGAAUCUACAUUUCUUUAUCAUCCCGAAGGGGAAUUUAGUCUUCCUAUUCUUUUAAAUGCUUCACAGACGUCGGUAAACAAAUCUCUUUUAGAUAAGGCAAUUAUAAAGAACAGCAGGCAAAGUGGUUCUAUCUACUCUAAGCUUCCCAAACCUGGAGAGCCUGGUGCCCCUCCUCUGCCUACAGCCCUUCCAACUGAAAAUGAUAAUGUCUUAGCAAACUCUCCAAUUGACAAUCAGUUUUUGCCUUUGAGGUCCAGUUCCUUUUAUGAAGCAUGACAAUGACAUUUAUCCCACUGGUAGACAAUAUCACAGAAUGAUUCUUGUAGAUGUUAUCACUCAAUCCCAUCAAUUUUGAAAAAUGUAAGAAUCUUGACUUUGGAGAAAUUGUCACCUGUAAAACAAAGAUGAUGUUGUAAAUAAUAUGUAUAGCUGAACUGCAUACCAUUCUAAAAACUUUGAUUUAUACAAAUUAUACCACUAUAAUCAAUAUAUGGUUCUCUGAAAGGUGUGGGAUAUUUAUAUAUCUGCCUAUUUUGCAAAACAUCUUACAGUUAGUAAGUAAUCGAUAAAUAUAUUCCUGAUCUUGCUGGAUAUGUACAAAUUUCUUUAAAGGACAAGUAAGACCAAAACAAAAUGUUUUAACCACUGUGUAAUUUAUUACUGAUCAUUUUAACCUUGUGCUUGAAUCAUAAGUUGUUAUAUAUGAAAAAAUGUCCAAAUUAUAAUAUACCGCAUAUAUAGAUUAUAUUAUAUUCACAAUACAAGGCUGAUUAGUAAUUAAUUUGGAAUCUCGUUACAUGGCAGCUCAGAAUAAUAAUCAAGCCUGCUUCUAUGACAUAUGAACCUCAUUUUUUGCUUAAUGAUUUACGACAUCCCUUAAGCUUCUCAACCCGGAGCAAACUGAGCAUCUGCGCGUCAAUGACUCUCCUAACAAAAUCCAAGACGGUAGCCCUCUGUCCACAACUUAGAAUAUCUAAAUCAUUACUGUUAUAGAGAUUAAACUUUAAACUGGUGCAGUAUGUUCAGUAAAUAAACUAUAUCUUUCUACAUAUAUUCAUUUAUAAGUUUUAGGUCUCCUUAAAAAUUGCUAAGGUCUCCUUUAAUUAGAGAUUGGUAACAAUCUAUCUGUGAAUGUCCAGCUUUACACAGAAUAAUUAUGUCAAUGCUAAUAAAUAUUGUAUUUCCUAAAAUGUUUUAUGUAUUUUCAGUUUAGCUCUUAACACUGACAACACAGAUUUAUAUAUAUAAAUCUACAUAUAACUUGUGUGCCGUGUCUAAAGUAUUCUCUGUACAGGGCUGUACAUAUGACCCAGUAAACAAGCUAUAGGGCCCUCUUCCUUGUACAGACCCCCUGCCUCCAUUUAAUAAGCCAUAUUACUAUUUUUUUUAUUAGAAAUGUACUAUUUAAUUUGCCUAGAUGUUAUUUUAAUUUGGCUUUUUAUCCAUCAAUUUUUUUAUAGAUUUAUAUUUUCUUCUGGGCUAUGUUUUGAUAACUGUGAGCUGCUGUAAUAUAAUAUCUUUAUAUGCACUAGGUCAAGUUAUAC